AUGUCUCUAUCUGGGAAAGUGAUUUUGAUUACCGGUUCCUCUAGGGGAAUUGGCAAAGCAGCCGCCCUCCGUGUUGCCAGCGAAGGCGCCAGCCUGGUGAUCAACUACCUUUCUGAUGCAGCUGCAGCCAACGCACUAGUCGAAGAGAUCGGAUCGGAUCGUGCUUUGGCUGUACAAGCCGAUGUCUCUAAGAUUCCCGACUUGGAUCAUCUUGUCGAUGCGGCGGUCGCAAGGUUUGGACGAAUUGAUGUCCUGAUCCCCAAUGCUGGAAUACUUCCGAUGAAAGACCUAGAGAACACCAGUGAGGUGGACUUUGACAAUACCUAUAAUCUCAUGGUAAAAGGGCCGUACUUCCUUGCCCAGAAAGCCGCAAAGCACAUGCCAUCUGGAGGACGAAUCAUUUUUGUCUCGACUGGAGUCACCAAUCUGUCGAAUAUCGCACCCGCAUAUCUUCUAUAUGCCUCUGCAAAGGGAGCAAUCGAGCAAAUGGCACGUGUGAUGGCCAAGGACUUGGCUCGAAAGGGUAUUUUGGUGAAUGCCGUUGCUCCUGGGCCAACAACCACGGAGCUCUUUCUUACUGGGAAACCCGUUCAAAUAAUCAGAGCUGUGGCUUCAAAUAGUCCUUUCAACCGGAUUGGAGAGCCCGAAGAGAUUGCUGGGGUAAUGGCUUUUCUUUGUGGCAAGGAUAGCAGUUGGAUGUCUGGUCAAAUAUUGAGAGUGAAUGGAGCCAUGACAUGA